ACGCCGCGGUGCACGCUGGCAUUCCCAGCAAGAUGGCGGCGCGUGUGCUCUCUCGGUGCCUGCGCCGGUGGCCGCAACCUUGGAGCGGGCCAAGGACAGGCGUGGGUCUCCGGGCCCAGCUCCAGCUCCCGCUCCCGGCCGUAGCCAGCGCAAACUGCUUCCAUGCUAUUAGCAGGCAGCCACCCGGUGCAUCGCACCCGGCUCAGACGUGCAGUUUAUUCCCACAGACAUGUCGUCACUAUGGAGAUCUGCCGCCUCUUUCACUGGACAGCAUCCAUGAACGAGUACUGUAUGUGUUAAAACUGUAUGACAAAAUUAACCCUGAUAAGCUCGUGGUAGGCUCCCAUUUUAUGAAAGAUUUGGGAUUGGACAGUUUGGAUCAAGUGGAAAUCAUUAUGGCCAUGGAAGAUGAGUUUGGGUUUGAGAUUCCAGAUGGAGAUGCAGAAAAAUUAAUGACGCCGGAAGAGAUUGUAACUUACAUCGCAAACAAAAAAGAUGUGUAUGAAUAAAUGUUUUUCUUUGUUCCUGGAGAAUCAUUGCAGGGUACUAGCUGUCGGAAGUAUGUGACACACCCAAGAUGUCGGUAGUGCUUGAAGUACAACGUGCUACUGCGGCUUUUGUUGUUUGUUGAGAUGGUGAUUUUUCACAUUCUUCAACCUUUAUUUGAUUUCAGAAAAGAAUAAAUUACUAUUGACGACUUGA